AUGUUGCUUUUUCUGCACUUGCAUUUGGAUGUGCUAAAGCUGCAUUCUUAUAUUUUUGCUUCCUGCUUUUCUAGGAUUCAAAAAAUGUUCCUGGUGUUGCUUGGAUUACUGCUUAAACUGAUCUGGGAUCUAUUCCCAGAGGAAUUAAAACUUGUUUAGAUUUUAUUUUUAUUUAGUUUAAUUGGAUUUUAUUUUAAUAAAAGAGAUAGAACCUAAUUAUUUAUUAAGAUACAAUAAUAAUUUAUGAUAAUAAUAAAUAGAUAUGGAAGAUUUAUACGAGUAAUAAUAUGA